AUGGCUUUCCACGCUCCGGUCAGCCUGCAGAGUGUCGCCUCUGCUGCUACCGAGGCCUGGCCGUCAAUGUCUGCUGCUGCGCAGACUCCCUGGCGACUCUUAGGACGUCGCGCGUCGCCUUCGGAACCCGCACGAGACCGCCGGCCACUGCUCGAUGGAUCCAAGUCAAACGCUGUCGUGCCUGAGUGCUUGGCCUCCGUCCCGCUCUCUGCUCUCCGCUUUCGCCCGUCGCCCGAAGCGCUCGGUGCCCCGCAAACAGUAGCUGGCAUGUUUGCUCAAGGCAAGUGGUUUGGAUGGCAUUCGCUGCGCGCGCAAUACCCCUGGCAGCUUGCUAACAGCCCCACAGUGCCGGCUCAUACCCUCCGACGCUUCAGUCCUCUGUCUCGCACUUUCCCUUCGGUCUCGAACACUUCUCGGCAAUACUCCACUCUUACCCGGCUCGCUCCCUUCAAACUCAACCCCAUCCCGAGACCCGGAAAUGUUGGUUUGACCCAGCAGCGCAGUAUCUUCGGUGGCAACACUUCACGGAAUCUUUUGGCUCACAUGGAACAAACGGCAAACAACAAUCCUGGGAGUGCUAGCGCUCAGAAUGCCUUCUAUGCUGCGCUUCUUCGCGCUAACCUUCCCCAAAUCGUCGUUGAACGCUAUGAAUCAGGCAGAUUUGCUACAAACGCGGCAUGCGACGCGCUGUACACUCGGGCUUUAGAGAGACUUGCAGUCGGUGCACGCGUCCGUGGCGGCAACGUCGCGACUGCCCGUACCGGUUCUGGCGAGAGGGCUAGUCCGUUAUACGUCGUCGUCGAAGAAUCCACCGGCAGCACUAUCUUCAAAUGGGUCAAGUUCUUCUUGUGGUUUGGUCUUCUGACCUACCUUUCCAUGGUUUGCGUAACCAUGGUUAUCGAAGCUAGCGGCAUGCUGCAAAGGCGUGGUGCCAAGCAGGACAUGGAAGCGAAGCCGGAACUCCAGACUACCCGAUUUAGUGAUGUCCAUGGCUGCGAAGAGGCUAAGGAAGAACUCCAGGAGCUCGUCGAUUUCCUCAAGGCCCCCGAUAAGUUCAACGCCCUUGGUGUUGCCGGAGAGGCUGGCGUCCCGUUUUUCUACAUGUCAGGCUCGGAAUUCGACGAGGUGUACGUCGGUGUCGGUGCCAAGCGUGUCCGAGAGCUCUUCGACGCGGCCAAAUCCAAAGCGCCUGCCAUUGUCUUCGUCGACGAACUCGAUGCCAUUGGUGGUAAACGCAACGACCGUGACCACGCGUACGUCAAACAAACCCUCAACCAACUGCUCACGGAACUGGACGGUUUUGAGCAGAACUCUGGCGUGAUCUUCAUUGCUGCCACAAACUUCCCGGAACUUCUCGACAAGGCCCUUACUCGCCCUGGGCGGUUUGAUCGCAAUGUCGUUGUCCCUCUUCCUGAUGUUCGUGGCCGUUCUGCCAUCCUCAAGCACCACAUGAGGAAUGUUCAGAUUGGCACGGAUGUCGAUGCCGAUGUCAUUGCUCGUGGUACUCCCGGAUUCAGCGGCGCCGAACUUGAGAACAUUGUGAAUCAGGCUGCAGUACAUGCAUCCAAGAACAAGCAAAAGCGUGUUUCCAUGAUUGAUUUCGAAUGGGCAAAAGACAAGGUUCUUCUCGGCGCCGAGCGGCGCUCGGCGGUGAUUCAACAGAAGGAUAAGAUUGCGACGGCUUACCACGAGGGCGGUCACGCGCUCGUUGCCAUGUUCACAAAGCACGCGGAUCCCCUCUACAAGGCCACCAUCAUGCCUCGUGGCCACGCUCUCGGCAUCACCUUCCAGUUGCCUGAGAUGGACAGGGUCAGCCAGACAAAGCUGGAGUAUCUUGCUCAUAUUGAUGUGUGCAUGGGCGGCAAAGUUGCAGAGGAACUCAUCUACGGGCCCGACUACGUCACUUCUGGCGCUUCCAGCGACAUCCAAAAGGCCACUGCCAUCGCCUACUCGAUGGUCACCCAGAUGGGCAUGAGCGAUGAGCUGGGCAACAUUGACCUCUACAGCAACUUCUCUCGGCUGUCUUCGGAAACGAAGAACAAGAUUGAGGAUGAAGUGCGCAAGAUUCUGGACGCGUCGAGAGAGCGUGCCAAGAAGCUCUUGACAGAGAAGCGCGAGGAGCUCGACCGUCUUGCCGGAGCGCUGGUCGAGUUCGAGAGUUUGACGAAGGAGGAGAUGGAGAAGGCGGUGAGGGGUGAGAAGAUUGGAGACAAACUCAAGGGCGAGUUCCAGUUGCCAAUCAAGCUUCCAGAGAGCUUCAUGCCGCCGGCAUUACCAGGGAGCGGCGAGCAGCCAGGCAGUUCGCCGGCUCCGGGCUCGGGCAUUCCCGGAGCCAACGGCAUGAACGAGAGGUGA